AUGCAAGAGCUGAUGUUUCAGUUGAUUUUAGAUGGCGCACCAAUAGCAUUGCUCUCUGAUCGACUCAGACACAACAAGGAAUUUAUAAUAGAAUUAUUGAGGUACUGUAAUAUACCAUUGAAUGAAUUGGAGGAACAAUUUCAGUACGAUGUUGAUGUAGUUCUCCAAUCAGUCUCCAAUGAUCCCAAUAAUUAUACAUUCUUAUCCAAUUCAAUUAAAUCAGAAAGAUCAGUGACCAUACAAAUGAUUAAUAAUGCAUACAAGAUUAAGGACUUUACCAAUUCCAAUAAGACUUUUGUUAGAAUAUUCGAAAAAUAUAUACCUAUGGUAUUUAGAAACGAUAGGGAAAUUAUGGAACUUUCACUCAGACAAGAUUCCUCCAUCAUGCCUCUCGUAUCGGAUGCAUUGAAGAAUAAUAAGGAAUUUGUUGUGAAUGCAUUGAAAAUUUCCACCACAUGCUUUCCUCACAUUUCCUUAGAAUUAAGAAGUGAUCCAGAAGUUUGUCUAUUAGCACUGAGAAACUCAAAUUCCAAAACCAUGAUCAUGACACAUAUGAAUUGUCUUCUCCUCUACGACGAAGAUUUUAUGAGAGAAAUAGUAUCUAUUGAUGGCAUGUUACUUUCAUAUGCACCAAGUGCAGAAAUCAUACAGAAUCGAGAUGUUGUUUUAAUUGCAGUAAAACAGAAUGGAUUCGCCCUCCAACAUGCAGAUAAAUCAUUGAGGAAUGAUGAGGAAAUAGUGAGAGAGGCCAUUAUGCAGGACGGAGAAACAAUCAUGUUUGCUUCGGAAAGAUUGCGAGACAAUUUUGAACUAAUGGCUGUAGCAGUAACUAAAUCAAAAGUUGCCCUUCUCUAUGCAAGUGAACGCCUCAAAUCAGAUGAAAAUCUAGUUUCAAUUUCAGUCUACAGUCACCCCAGUAGUUUAAAAUUUGCCUCUGCACAGCUAUUACAGAAUAGCCAAUUCAUAGAGCAUUUGAUUAGAAAUGGUGUGACUAACUAUUGA